AUGUCAGACAAAGAAAUUUCGUUGGAUUCCCUCUCGUUACAUUCAGAAGAUUCUCUAUUGUACGAAACAGGCGAAGAUGACGAGGAAAGUGCCGAUCUUCAAUCUGAGGCCGAAUGUUUUACAGAUUACAAGACAGUCAAAGUAUCAGUUUUCAAAGGUGCUAUUGAGAAAGAAAAGGUUGACGUGAUAGUGAACAGUACGUCGUCGAAGUUGAAAUUGACCUCCGGUCGAGGUUCUCGGGCGUUGUUAGAAGCUGCAGGGGAGGAGCUUCAGAAGGAAUGUGACCAGAAAUACCCAAAAGGAAUUACCCAGCAGGAAAUAGCUGUAACAGGGCCAGGGAAUCUGAAGUGCAAAAUUGUCUGUCAUGGCACUCUUCUAAAAUAUGGGACAUCUGAUGCUGAGAAGGUACAUAUGCAGUUUAUUUCUAAAUGUCUGGCAGAGAUGGAUACCCGAGGAUUCUCCACCAUUGCUUUACCGGGCCUGACCACUGGAUUUCUCAAGUUUCCAAAGCAAGUGGCGGCAAGAAACGCGUGUCGAGCUGUGGGACGGUAUAUAGACGCCAAUCCCGAUACAAAACUUAAAGAGGCCCAUUUUGUCAUACAUCCUGAGGACACUGAAACGCUGAAGGCAUUUGUCGAUGCUGUCAAGUUUUGGGAUCUUAACGUAAAUACAGAGAUCGAAAGAAAAGAGGUGUGUCGAAUAAAGAUAAACCAGGUCUCUGUUAUGAUCAAAAUAGACAAACUAGAGGAGGAACAGGUGGACAUGAUCGUGAAUAGUGUGGGCAAGAGUUUAAACUUGGACACAGGGACGCUGUCUAAAGCAAUAGCCACCGCCGCCGGUCAACAGCUUAAAAACGAGUGUAGAGUGAAUUAUCCAUCUGGACUGGCUGAGGGCAACGUUGUCGUCACAUCCGCCGGAAAUCUGAAGUGCAAGAAAAUAUGUCAUGCAUGUGUGCCUUCACACAAGAAGAGUAGUAACAACGCAUCCAAAAAGAAUAUUAAAGACAUUGUUAUCAAAUGCCUAGAAGCGGCAGAUAAAGACAACCUGGAAUCUGUGGCCUUUCCAGCUCUUGGUAGCCGCUACAGACACUAUCCCUCUCAGACAACGGCCCAGGGGAUAUUAAGUGGAAUAGACGAGUUCUCCAAAACCCACACUUCGUCUUCAGUUAAACAGAUCAACAUAGUGAUUUACGGAGAGCAACAUAAAGAAUUAGCAAAGGCAUUUGAAGACGAGUCUAUCGGAUAUCAAGGUGCGUCGGCUGAGCCUGAGCGCUGGACGCCUGACUUUUGUCGUCAGCAGUACCACAAAGACCUCCGUCCACCGAAUUACUGGACAGAGUUUACCUCGGACAAGUCAAUCAAGCUGUGGAAGACUGAGUGUGACGAGGGUUAUCAUAAGCUGGUAGAUGUGGAUUCUACAACACAUAAAGCUGUGGAGAAAUUAAUAUUAUCCACCUGGCAGCAACAAAAAGUAGGUCAUGGCAGAGACGCCGUUGGAUUAUCCAACUUAAACUACACUGGUCUAAAAGUUUUAAAGGUUCAGCGACUGGAAAACAUCGACUUAUAUGAAAACUAUUCACAUUUUCGAGCACGGUUAUUCCAUAAGGCCGGCGAUAUAGGAGUGUUCGAACAGUUAGACAAAAUUCCUCAAAGUUCUGGAAACAUUUCAACGACAGCAAAUUCGGCAGAUGAUUCCGUCCUUAAAAGUGAAUUGUAUCCUGAAAUAAAUGAGCAUUUUCUCUUCCACGGAACCAAGGCUGAUACUUAUAAUAAAAUCCUCUCCCAGGGUUUGGAUUUCCGCAUGGCUGGGGAAAAGGGCAUGUUUGGUCAGGGAAUGUAUCUUGCCGAGAGCUCAACAAAAGCAGAUCAGUACACAGAUUCCAAAACAGAAAGGACGAAAGACGAAAAGAAAAUGUUUCUUGUGAGAUCAUGCCUUGGUAAAAUUCAUUUAUCCAAGACAGCUAAACAUAAACUUCACAGGCCCCCAUGCUUUCAGUCUGGCUGCGAGUCCGAUUCCUGUGAACAUUCCGAGUUUCAGCGCUGUGAUAGCGUGGUCGGUGAUGGAGUCUGGAUAUUCCGAGAGUUUGUUACGUAUCACCACUACCAGAACUACCCGGAAUACCUCAUCACUUAUGUAAGAGUGUAACAGAAAACAGAUUAAAAGAAAAACUACCCCCAAUUUCGAGACAUGAAUUUAUUAGCGAAUUGACUUGAGAGUGAGGGUUGGAGGGGGGUCCAGGGCGUCUCAAUUUGUCCAAAGAUAUUUGCCAAAAAAAUUGUAAAAUUCUGAGACAUAACGUUAAACAAAUUCAAAUUCGCAUCUAGCAUUAGAACUAAAUCAUUUACAUGAGAACAAGUGACAUAUACCUUUAAAUAUUUUUUGGUCAAAAAUAUUUCUGAAUUUCAUUAAAUAACCGUGUGACUUGUACAAUAUAUGAUUUCAAUUGCCUAAAUGAUGUAGAGGCAUUUUAUCAUCUAUGAAACCUCAUCUUUAUACCAAGUAUAAUAUUGUAACUGCAAAGACAAACGCUUGAGUGUAUUAAGUUAUUGUGAAUGUAAAUUAUGUAUCAAUUACUGUUUAAACAAUGAACAAUACUUUGUUUUAAAGAAUACGAUCUAGCUCAUAUG